AUGAAAAAUAUUGUACCUUUUUUCUCUGAAAUCACCAGGUUUAGCAAAAGAAAGAAUGGGAAUGUUACCGGGUUCCCGAUCGUUCUGUCAUUUUAGUACGUGACUUGAGUGCUCGGUUUUAUGCGAGUGAGGUAAGUAAAUUUAUGGUAAUGCCCGUACUGUUUUAUAAGCAUGUUUUGAUUUGUUUUUGAAGUGGUGGCGAGACUAAACCCGUUUUACACGAGUAUAACUGAUUUGAAAUGAUAUUUUUAUGCUUUUCAUGAAAUUGAGCAUGCCUACUUGAAAUUUGAGUGACUGUCCUGAUGAUCUGAAAGUGAUUGUGAAUCGUGAUUUUCCUGUUAACUUCUGCCUGUUUUGUCUCCGAUGUGGUCAUGUUAUUCGUGACCCCGCUAGUGGGGGAGGUAUAAACGCUAGCACAUGUCGACAUGUAGUGAUAGAGCCAAUUCGUUCAACCCAGCUAGUGGGGGUUAUACACCAGCAAAUCGUGGCCCUACUAGUGGGGAUUAUACACUAGUAUUCCUGUUUGCCUGCCAGUGGGAACUGGCCAUGACCUAUAGAGGAGACGUCUAUUUUGUGCCCGUACUGUAUCCGUUUUUCGUGAUUGCACUUGUUGGCAUGCUAUAAGUUUAAUUAAGGGCAAUCCAUAUUUUACUUACUGAGUUUAUCUCAUAGUUUUCCUUGUCCACCAUUUCAGGAUGUGAAACCGAGGACGGGAAAACCACGGGAAGUGACGAGUUAGAAGGCUAGCCAUAUUGUAAUUGGAUAUGAAUUUUAGAAACAAAUCAUGAUCUUGUAUUUGGAGAUUUUAUGAUAUUAGAGCAGAUUUUAAAAGUUGAUCUUCAGAUUUUGACGGUAUCAGAUUGUGGUGUG